AUGACUAUGCACGUGCAGGAAGAAGUCAAUCUAGAGAGAUUUUGGGAAGUAGAAUCAUUAGGAGUAGAACAGAAGUCGGUACACCAAGGCUACGAAGAAUAUACCAAACAGUACCAGAACACAGGCAUUUCGUAUGAGAAUGGAAAGUACAUUGCAAAAUUACCCUGGAAAGAAAAUCAUCCAUUUUUGCCAAGUAAUGAGCUGAUAAGCCGACGAAGAACUGUUAGUGUAGUAAACCGCCUUAGAAAAGAACCAGAACUACUUCAGAAGUAUGGAGAGAUUUUAAGUGAACAGGAGAAGAGAGGCUUCAUAGAAAAGAUUACAGAUGUUAAAUCAAGCGAGAAUACCAAAGUUAAUUAUAUUCCCCACCAUCCCGUAAAGAAAGACUCGGCGACCACACCCAUACGUAUUGUAUACGACUGCAGCUGCAAGUCAACACGAGAUUCCCCCACCUUAAAUGAGUGCUUGAUGAAUACCCCACCCAUCCUUAACGACCUAACAGCUAUAUUACUACGCUUCCGAUACCACGAAUUUGCAGUAUCCACAGAUAUCGAGAAGGCGUUUUUGAACAUCGGUCUACAUCCAGACGACCGUGACGUCACUAGGUUCUUUUGGUUAUCAGAUCCGAACAACCCAGACAGUCCACUACAGAUAUAUCGCUUCAAGUCAGUGCUCUUUGGAGCUACGUGCUCGCCGUUUAUAUUAAACGCUACAAUAACAAAACACCUUGCCUUACACAGAUGCGACGAUACAGAACGUAUUCAACAAGGAUUAUACGUCGAUAACAUACUUACCAGCGUACCAGACGAGUCUACACUGCUAGAUUUCUACACUAACAGCAGACAACUGAUCCAGAAAGCAUCCUUUAAUUUGAGAUCAUGGAGCUCAAACAACCCAGCUCUGCGUGAGAAAAUCAAAUCCGAUGGUGUGAGCGAUAAGGACAGAAAUACAAAGGUACUGGGCAUGCGCUGGGAUUCUUCAACAGACGAACUAUCAUUUCCACAAAGACUGAAGGCAGCGUCGAAUAUCUCUGUUCUGACGAAACGUGUGAUCCUUCAAGAAUCAUCCUCCAUUUAUGAUCCACUUGGAUUACUUAGCCCGAUCACCGUGACAGGCAAGAUGUUGAUACAGUCACUAUGGAAACGUAAAUUUGAGUGGGACGAACCGUUGCCAGAUGACAUCAUUACAGAGUGGUGUAAGAUCAGAGAAGAUACCGCGAAAGCUACCGAAACCAAGUUUAGCAGACGAUACUUCCAAGGCACAACACCAAGGGAAGUAACUCUUCACGUCUUCUGCGAUGCCAGCACAAAAGCUUAUGGCUCAUGCGCAUACCUUGUUUCCGGUUGUCACAGCACUCUCGUCAUGGCGAAGAAUAAAGUAACUCCCAUUAAACAACUUACCGUGCCGAAACUUGAACUGUGUGCAGCACUUACAGGCGCUAAACUUAGUCAACACAUAACAUCCACCAUACAUUGUGAGAAAGUAUACUUAUGGAGCGACAGCCAGAUCGUUCUGAAGUGGUUUUCUACAACCAAACCACAGCCACAAUUCAUAGCCAGACGUGUAACAGAAAUACAUGAGUUGACAGACGGCUUCAUGUGGCACUAUUGCCCAACCAAUUCAAACCCAGCAGACCUUCUGUCGAGAGGACUUACCUAUGAGAAAUUUCACGACAACAUAUUAUGGAUGCAUGGUCCUAGCUGGCUGAACGACGAGACAACAUUUCCCGGAUAUGAAUUAAUGCUGAGUACGCACACCAACAGUGAACACGAAGAUACCAACUAUUCCGCCUGUAUGACUACAUCGCGAGAAAUUACACCCGGUCCCGGCAUUUUAGAUGUUAUAGACAUCAAUAGAUUCGACACAUACCGUAAGCUGAUACGUGUUACAGCAUAUGUUCUAAGAUUUGUGAACAACUGCAGAAAUAUUGGGAAGGUCUACGGACCUCUAGAGUCGCACGAGAUCAACGCAGCAGCCAAGCAUCUGAUAAAGUACGUACAGUCCCGUCAUUUUCCGGACGUGAUAGAGUACAUCUACCAGAAUAGAAACAUCCAGUUGAAAAGACCCAACCUAGUGAGACAGCUUGAUUUGUUUCUUGAUGACGACAAAUUAAUACGUUGUGGCGGCAGAAUAUCUAACGCACCGUUAUUACACAGCACGAGAUUUCCCUACCUACUUCCUUCCAAAGACAACCUUACAAAGCUUAUUAUUUUGGACGCACACGUUACACAUAUGCAUUCCGGUACUGAGAGCACAGUCACCUAUCUUCGCCAGAAAUUUUGGAUUCCUAGCAUUCGCCAGCGUGUUCAGAAAAUAGUCCGCUCGUGUGUUACGUGUCGUAAGGUCACAGGAAGAGCAUAUCGAGUACCUGACCCCCUACUGUUACCUAGCAACAGAUUGAAGGUUGCGCCACCAUUCACAGUAACCGGCAUAGACUUUACCGGAGCUUUAACAGUAAAGGCAUCGAGAGGAGAACUACAGAAAGCAUAA